AGGAAUUCAGCAACACACCUUUGCUUCAUCUGCCCUUCCAUGUCAGACACCAUUCUGUCACUCUGCCCCUCUGCCAAUGUCACACAAAAACAAAAUGUAAUGGAAUAUUGGUGGGAAGGUUCAACCUCUGCUGUCAUACCACCACCAACAUCCACCUCUGAUGUUGUGGGCCAACAGAAUAGGAGGCACCAUGCUGGGCACUGUGUGUGUGGACGGCCUGCUGGCUGCUGCCUAACGCGGUGUGCCUCCUUGGGCCUCCAUCUUCUACCCAGAUUUUCACAAAUCAUAGAAUCACUAAGGUUGGAAAAGGCCACUAAGAUCAUGUAGUCCAACUGUCAGCCCAUCAGCACCAUGCCCGCUGGCUGCCAGUAAGAGGACCUGGUCUCCCAGAAGCAGGGAGGGAACACCAUACAUCUUGCAGCAUGCCCUUACCAGCUUGGAAAGUUUUGCCCUUGCAUUACUGCCAGUCAGCUGUUCCUAGCAUUUAUUAUGCUUUAUAUUAAUGGAUGCUACAUUUUCCCAUUUCAUACUAUACCAAACAGUUUGAUAGGAAGACAGUAUCAAACAGAUAGUAGGUAGAAGUGAUGCAUGAAAACUACCCCUAGCUGGAGAAAGAUACUGAUUUUUUCACUUUCUUACAGUGACUGUUGGUUGCUUUUAAGCACCCGCCUUGCACAGGCAGACACUGGCUGGGGAGCUAAGGGAAGGGCUGAGUGCAAAGCACACGGUAACUAAGCAGCAGGACUUGAAACGCUGUCCGGAAAAGCAACAGAGACUCACCUCCCACUGUUUUUCUUCCAGGGAAGCAGCUCCCAUUGCACCAUUUUCCUGGCAGAAGAAGUUACGAUCUCCAGGAAAAAGCUUCUUUCAGACCACAUCUUAUUCAUGUCACCACUUUCUGGCAGCAUGUGCCUUGUGAAUGACUGUUGACAGGAUGAAGCACAGGAAGAGCAAAAUUUCACUAAAAAUCUCUGAGGAACACCUUGAGAGCUCACUGAGAAUUGCAGCUACUUCCACUGAACCAGACUGAUGUGUUAGUUUCACAAAAACGAGCCUGCUGACCUAUCUAUCUUCCCUUGGAGUGCUUCAGCCCUUGCUCAUCUAGAAAGUAAUGGAACCAGUACUUACAGCUGCAGUGCCAGAGGCAGGACCCAUAUAUUUCUUUGACCAGAUGAAAGCUAGAAUGAAAGAGAGGGACAAGGAGAUAUCAGGAGAAGUGUCCUCAUAUUGCCAUGCGCUCACAACAAAUCCUCAUCCUGUCAGCUUUACUCCCAGCCUGACUGAUGGCAGGAAUCCCUUCUGCACAGGGGAGUAUACAGAAAGGCAUGAAGAUGGUUUCUUAAAUGAUGAUACACAAAAAGAUCCAGUUUUGCACCAAAAAUCUUGUCAUUCCCUAUAUAAAACCACUACAGAGGACUCAAACCCAAAGAUCUCCCAAUGCCCUCUGAUCCCGCAGGCAGACAAGGACUCGCCACUUAACAUGUUGAAUAAAUCUGCAUCUGCCAGCAUGUUACAGGAACUUGGGGAGAAGUUGCAGCUCCUUGCUAGGUAUGAGACUGGUUUCCCACAGGAACCUGUAAAUGUGCUUAUCUACCUCUGGAGGGAACUCACUGAGGGGGCUGAUUUCUGUAAACGGCAGCAGAAGUUGCUAUCAGACAAAAGCAUGAGGUCCAGGAGAAGCCAGGCCUCAGAGGAGGUUAAGAAUAGUACUCUGGCAUCCAAAUCUAAGAAGUGUGAAAUCACUGCCAUCAGAAAAGAACAACACAAGAGAGGCUUUACUCUACCAGCCUGCACUACAAAGGGAAAAAGAAAUCCUGAGACAGCAUCAAACGCAUCUCUAGAAAGUGAAGCUCCUGUAGUGCAGAAUGAUGCUGACCAGUCACCCAUCACAAUCAGCUUCUCACUCUCAUCCGACAUUUGUGAGGAACGAGGUUUGAUUUUCCAGCUUUCUGACUUAAAGUCUGAAGAUGUUCAUCAGAAGCUGCCUUAUGUGUGGACACUGGAGCGACCCGAGCAAGUUCAAAAACAAAUAAAAGAGCAAGCAUCCAACCUGAAAGAAGUUGGGUUUGACAAACCAAUUAUUCUACGGCAUUAUGGUGAUUACAGAGAAGAAACCUUCCCCAGGACAUGGAAGGAUCAGUCUGGCAGGACUGUCACAUCAGAGCUGCCAUAUGGCAAACCUCAGAUUCCAGUGGUCAAGAAAGCAAACACAGCACAGAGAAAAUUGCACUAUAGACUGAAUGAUGGCUCAUCUUUCAUUUACUAUCCAUCUGAAUAUCUUGCAGUUUGCCAGAGCUGCUGCAAUCUCCCAUGUGGGGGGAUGUAUACCAACAUAUUUAGCCCUUCUCCAGAUCAUUCUAUAGUUGGAACUUUCACCCCUUUUGGACAUGGCAGCAUCUAUCUUCCUAACAGCAACACUGUAACCAUGAUGUUUAAUCAGGAAGGAGGUCUGUUGACUAAUGAAGAUGAAGAAAUGGUCAGAGAAUGGAAAUGGCCUCAGGAUGGCAAGCUUGCCCAGCCAGUUAUAGCACAGGUUAAUGAAUUCAUCACAGUGAGGAUUGCAGGACGCUUUGCAAUUAGCUUGGUCUACAAGUGGCAACAUGAAAGUGUGUGCUUGUCUUUGUCACCGCUGCAGGGUGCGGCUCUUCGGCAGUUAGAAGAAUCGCCAAAAAGGACAGAGCUGCUGCAGAGAAACGAAGUUCCAGAGGCGACCGUAAGCCAUGUGAAUGACAUCAGCGCAAUCAGAGAGCUGAGACAUUUACAGAAGAAGAUCUGGAGCGUUGUGGGUGACUGGCUGCAGUAUUACCAGACAGCCCUAGGAACUAACCGCACACGCGUUAGGAAAAUAUCUGACUGUCCUCUGCGACCCUUAAGGAAAGGCACAAUUCAGCCUGCAGAUUCUGUCCCAGUUACCUCGGUUCUGCAGAGAUCACAAGGGAAGAGGAAAGAGAACAGCCAAGCUCCCAAGUCAGAAUGUCCUCUCCUAGAUCAAAAGAAGUUGACUCCACCAUCUGGCACGCAGCAGGAGCCACGCUCUUAUCCUCUCAGGAACAAGCUGUGGGUCACAUCCCAGACCGCCUGUCCUGCUGUGCUUCGAAGAGUUGUGAUGGGGGAGGAAGGGAAGACAUGCAGGUGUAGCAAUCAUCGGAUUCCCUAUGUGUCAGACCUGGAGUAUGAUCACCUCAUUAACAACACUGUGGCCUUUAAGGAGCAGAUUAUAGUGGUCUGUAUCUCAUCUUCACAGAGAAAAGAUCCCAGUGAAGAUGAACUAGAGCAGCUGUAUGAAAGGAAGAACAGAUACAGAAGUAUGCCUUGUGCUCAGGGUUGUCUGGAUUCCUUUCGCCUCCUCAAAUACGACAUCGCCUCUGCUAAUGCGUUUACAGAUCAUAAAGGUUCCUUGUUGGAGAAGAGACAUAAUGUAGCUCCUGGCAUGUUUUUGCACAGGAAUGACCAAGCACCAAUGAAGAGAUAAGCAGCAGAUUUAAACCAAAAGGAAAUUCUUUUUCUCACAGCACGUCAUUAAAUUGCGGAACUAUUUGCCACAGGAUGUUGUGGAAGCCAAAAGCAUAAGUGUAUUCAAGAUGGAAUUAGAUUCAUUCCUGAAGGUUAGCUCCAUUGGCAGCUAUGAAACACGAUGCCCCAGACACAGCAUUUGGUUAAAGAAAUCCCUGGGUUGUUAAUUCCUCAUGGCUGGUACUGGUCCAGGGUAGGACUUGGCUUUAAGUGCUCUUCCACCCAUUACUCAGCUCCUGGAUGCUUGCAGGGACAGGAUGCUGGGUGGCCUUGACGAACCUUUGAUAUAGUGCUGUGCAGCUGUUCUUAUAUCAGCAUAUGCAAGGUUGUUGCUUUAAUUUGGGUAAAGCUUCAGUAAGAGGAUUAGGGGGCAAAAAUGCACAGAGUUCAUGAGAAGGUUCUUGGCCUCAUCUUCAGCUACUCAUAUCAAACAUUUCGCUUUUGCAUACUCUUAAUUUGUAAAGCUUCAAUAAAGCAAAAGUAAUGUCCCUAGGAGGGGAAGGUCUCUUUCAAACUGUGUAAAAGUAGGAUUGAAAGUUUACUUAAUUUUACAUGUUUUCUUUUGGAGGCAGAUAACUAAUUUUGUCUGCUCUGACAUCCUUGGGAAUUUCCUCAAAUGAUUGGGAAAAAACUUCAAAAUGAAACAUAAUUGUCCUUUGUGUUUAAUGAAUCAAAAGGGUACCCCUAGCUCAAUCCAAAGGACAGAGUCCAUCCCUAAUUUCCCACUGAAGUAACCACUGUUCAGCUAAAUAAAUACAAGUGAGUUUAAGAGAAAGAAUUCGUGGCUUCAAAGAAAAAAAGGAUUAAGUUCAAAUUUUAAUCAACGCAUUAGGCAAGAAGGAGAUGUUGGUUGAUAUUAACCACUUGCUUUUAGUCAGCUUUCUGUGCAGCCUUAGAUGCCUCGAGGAAAUCAUUCUGCAGAAGUACAACUUCAACACAGCUGCUCCCAGGGGCAGCUGCUUCUCUCUGUGCAUGGCGUGGGCUUCCUGCCACUGCCACAGUCCUCUCUCUUGCCCCACCUAAAGGUCUUCAGGCAGGACUCAGCUCCUGUGCCUGCAGAAUGCUGUAGGCUUGAGGGCAGGAGGCAGAAGGGAACCAAAGUUUUGUUGCUGUUGGCAUUUGUUAUUAUUUUGCAAAAGACGGCUUUUCAAAAGCAUUUUUUUUUUUUUGUGCUGAGUUAAAAACAAAACAACACAUUCCAGUUAAAGACGAAACUUAAGCAGGUAGACUUGCUUUCAUUCAUUAGUACAAUACUACAUGGAAUGAUGGUUAAAUAUCAUGAGAGCUAGCUGGGAAAACAAGCACCGAAUGAUUACUUUUCUAAUUACCUCUAGAUGUGAGUGAGGCUCAGCAGCACCAUUCUUACAGCAGAACAUUUUCCACUUUCCAGGGCGCUCAGACUAACAGCGAUACAAGGGAGAGAAGAAUGGAACUUGCAGCCAAAAGCAGAUCCAUAGGGCUGGGAACAUGCUCCUGCACUCUAAAAAUGCCACAGGAGCUGGGCUACAGCUUCCACUGGCACUGUGGCUCUGUAGCCACAAAUGGAAGGCAGCUGCUCUGAUUUCAGGCCAUGUGCCCAGGCUUCCUGCUUAUCUCAGGCAUGACACAGAUAACCGGCCAAUGCAGCAAGAAGCUGGGUGCCCGGCAACCUUCUGCUGAGUGUGGAACAAGGGAACCAUAUGCAAGGGAGACAGAAGAGGAAAAACAGAAAGGAAGCUAAGCAGGAAGGGGACAAAGGUUGCCCUCAGUAACAGUUGGUGGAUUUUUCAUUAGUGGUGAAAUUCAUAUGCACGUAAAACAGACAUCAGAGAAAUCAGCCAUCCAAGCACAGACAUAAGGUGUAGGAUGAAGUACUGGGGAAUCCACUUUUUUUUUCUUUUUCCCCAGAAAAUGUAAAUAUGCACAAGACUUCCAGAAAAAAGUCAAGUGAAGCCACAGCCUGCCCUGAGCAUUGACCACUGUCCCCAUCCCCAGCCAGCAUUCAGGCGUGCAUGUCUCACAGAAUGGCUCAGGUUGGAAGGGACCUUAAAGAUCAUCGAGAUCCAACCCUCUGCCAUGGGCAGGGAUAGGAGAUGUAAGGAAGGUGUCAUGAAAUUCACUGGUGACAUGGUUGCUGCCAUUCCCAGACUGCUGCAGGUUGUCAGCAUAGUGAUAAGGGGCAUUACAUGUUUCUAAAUGGUUGUACAAGGCAAGAAAACUAUCACUAUAAAGGACUUCAUAAUUAGUUUUUUGUAAUUCUUAUGCCAUGCAAGAAAAUAGUGCUGCCCUGAAAAAGGUGAGGGAAAGUCACAGCAAUCCAUUUCAUUACAUCUGAUUUCAAGAUCCAAAGCCUUUAAAGGAAGAGUGGGUUCUGUAAUUGCAUUUGCCUUGCAGCUGACUGAAGACUUGCCAGCUUCUUAAGUGUCCUCAUUAUGACACAGCCUGAAUGUUUUGAGCUGAUUCUGCAGCUUAUCAACAGCAUGAAAGGAAUUUGUGCUGUUUCAGGCCAUUCAGUGAAUUUGAACUUCUCUGGAUCCAAGAGUUGAAUGAGAGUCUUCUGGGGACACCAUUCAAAAUUCUUUUGGCCAUUUUCUAAUCAUAUUGUCUGAUGGGUUUUCCUAUUUCAUUUUUCU